AUGGCGCCACGGCGCGAGGUGCUGGGCUCAGAGGGUCAUGUUUCAGCAAAUGCGGAGUGCGAUGCAAGAUGUGGCAAGAAGGGGAAGGGCGGCAAGAAGGGCGGCCUCGGCCUGAACGUGAAGGACGAGGGCAAGCAGCACGUUGCUGAAGAGCAAGAAGCUGAGCCAGAGCCUGCUCCCGCCGAUGGGCGGGCAGGACCGGACCGCCUGAAAAGAACGCAGGAAGGGAGCGCGGGCCGUUUGUCCUGGUGCUCCUCAGAGAUGCGUGGUUGGAGGCCAGCCAUGGAGGACGCAUCGUGUGUCUGCCUGAACCUGGAAGAUCGCCUUGCCAACUUUGCAUUGUUCGGCAUCUUUGACGGACACGGGGGCUCUGUCGUCUCACAGCGCGCCGCCCAAGAACUGCCGAACGGCAUUCAGGCAGCAGCGCUGGAAUGCAUGCCGGAUGCAGAAGAUCCCACAAGCCUGCCGGUGAUGGCAAUGAGCGAAGCCCUCAUGGAGCUGGACAAGGCUCUGCGCUUCGAUGGGGAGGGGGAGCAAGGCUUCCUCCAGCUCACAGGUGGCAAAGCUGUCGAAAGCUCUGUGAGGAAUGCUUUCGGGUUGAUGGGGAGCACGGCAGUCAUGGCCAUGGUCGAGUGUGAUGGCCCACCUCAUCUCGGGCCGCCCACACGAAUCGUUGUCGCGAACUUGGGUGACUCGCGCGCGAUCGUGUGCCGUGGGGGCGAGGCGGUUCCGCUCUCCGAGGACCACAAGCCGGAAGCGCCGACUGAGCGCGAGCGGAUUGAGAAGGCUGGUGGAUGUGUUCGUCGUGUAGGGCCCUGCUAUCGGAUCGACGGCUGGGGCCUGAACCUGUCCCGCGCCCUCGGGGACUUUCAUUACAAGGCCCGGGAGGACCUGCUGCCGAGCGAGCAGAAGGUGUCCGUCAAGCCCGACUGUCAUUAUCUUGAGGUGUCGGAAAACGACGAGUUUCUUUUCCUUGGCUGUGAUGGCGUUUUCGAGCUUUAUUCUUCGGAGGAAGCGGUUGAGAGCAUCCGGAGCCGUCUGCAAGAGGGGAAGCCUCUGUGGCAGGUGGUGGAGGAGUUUGUCGACGACUGCUGCAGCGAGAACUUGGCAUCGACUGCCGGUCGUGGCGGGGAUAAUGUCAGUGCUAUGGUUGUGCUGCUUAAGUGA